AAACAUUGACUCCCAAGAGAAAAGAAAUCUACUGCAGGUUCCUUGAUAGCGGUAGAAGUUUCAAAUACAACAAAAAUAAAUCCCUUAUUAGAAGAACAGGAAAUCAAGGCUACACUUCAAACACGCGUAACAAAAUAGACAAUAAGUGAUAAGAAAAAUUUUGCCUUAUUUGAUGAAAUUCAAUCUCAGCACCUAGUCAGAAGGUAUUUGGUCAAAAAAAACAGCAUAACCAACAUGGAAGUAUGGAUCCGUCCGGCGUGGUAACAGUGUGUGCUGGUAAUGAUGCUGUAAUGUUGUGGAGGGAAUUUUCCCAGCACAUGUUGUCCAUACUGAGCUGUUCUGCUACUGCUGUAAAAAUGCAUUUGUUCACCUCUUUAGGAAACAUGUUCUGCAGACUGACGGCACCAAAGUGCAGCUUUCAGGGAAGGUGAAAUUACUUAACAUCUGGGGUAAAACUAACAGAGACAAUCAGAAAAAGAACAUCAUACCCACAGUCAAACAUGGUGGCGGUAAAGGUCUGAGGGUGCUUUGCUGCUUCAAGACCUGGACAACUUGCCAUAAUUGAUUGAACCACUAAUUCUGCUCUACCAAAAAAUCCUGAAGGAGAACAUCUGGCCAUUAGCUUGUGAUCUUAAACUGAAGUACAUGUGGGUUAUGUGGAAGCACAAUGGUCCAAAACAUAUGAGCAAAUCCACAUCUGAAGGUUAAAAAGAACAACAAAUAACUAAAUGUAGAUUCUCGAGUGACCCAGUCAAAGUCUGGACAAUAAUCUCACUGAGAUGAGUUUCACAGGAUAUGUUCGAAACCCUCUCUCUAAAAUUCCUCCCCAGCAAUGCAAAAGCCACAUUUGCAAGUUGUCUCAAAACGCUAAAAAAUAAAAUCAUUAGAAAACCGGAGUUUGCAUUUACUCAGGCAGUCUAUAGAAAUUAGGUAGAUGAUAUGCAACAUUUAUGUAAGACAAAAAAGCAAAAACAGAUGACAUCUGUAAGGGGGUAUACAGUUUUUCACAGGACUAAGAAGGGAUUCCAGUUUUGCUCAGGGCCUCAUACACGUUUUUUUUUUAUUUAUAUAAUAAGAUUUAGCAGCUUUAAUAAGUGAUCACCUUUGCCACAGCUCACAACUGAGCAUUUCUUCCCUCAGGGUGGCGGGUUUGGGAGGUUUGAAAAACCCAAACCAGUCUGUCAGGGUCGGUGCCGUUUCAUUCCCAGGCGGUUUGACUCGUGUUGUCUGGACGGACUGCAGCGGCAGCAUGUUGUUGUUGCUCCGCCCUCGACUGGUCUCGCCUGCUCUCCGUGCAGCGGUUGCUGCGCAGCGCUGAAAGGCAGAGUUGUGGGUCGGAGCAGGAGGGAGGCUGCAGCGCUGCGCAGAUCAGUCCGUGUUCACACGCUGCAACCGCUGGAUUUAAAACACCGCCGCUUCCGUUCAGGUUGGAGUCAAGACGAAGCAGAAAGGCAGCUUAAGGCUUCUGACCUGAGUUUGAGGAGGAUUUUUAAAUAUAUCUAGGGAAGCGCGUUGGCUGUUGGGUUUCCCUCCUGUCCCGGACAGCCAGGCAGGCAGCCGUAAGUGAUCCCGUCGUCCUGCGUCCAGCUGCCGUGGGAACCAUGGCGCUCCGGGCCAAGGUGAUCUACGACUUCCACUCUGAAAACCAAGGGGAGCUGUCGGUGCAAGAGGGCGAAAUCCUAACUUUGGUAAGCGAGCAGGACAUAGAGGGCUGGCUGGAGGGCUCCAACAGCAGAGGGGUCAGAGGACUGGUCCCCGCCACGUACGUGGAGAUCCUGGGGAGCGACGCUGCGCUGAACAGCUACAACACCUCCGCGGAGCCCCGCUACUCUAACGUCACGGCCGGAGGCUUUGACAAACUCGAGAACAUCUCUAAACCUCCUCCCGUGGGGUUAACCUCAAACACAGCACAUCACAACAACAACAAACAGCACAGCCAAGGCAGCGAUGAUGACUGGGAUGAUGACUGGGAUGACAGCUCCACUGUGGCAGAUGAGCCGGGGACUGUGGGAGGAAGGUACCGGGACUCUGAGGGCAAUGGCACCUCCACAUACACAGUGACAACACACACGGGGCAAAGAGGGAUUGCAAUGCAGGCAAAGAGCUCAGCAACAGUGGGCAAGAACCUAAACAGGUUUUCCACCUUCGUGAAGUCAGGAGGAGAGGCGUUUGUGCUUGGGGAGGCAUCAGGUUUUGUAAAAGAUGGGGAUAAGAUCUGUGUGGUGAUGGGUCCGUACGGUCCAGAGUGGCAGGAGAACCCUUACCCCUUCUCCUGCACUAUUGAUGACCCCACUAAGCAGACCAAGUUCAAAGGGAUGAAGAGCUACAUCUCCUACAAGCUGACCCCUACGCACACCCCGAACCCAGUGAGCAGAAGGUACAAGCACUUCGACUGGCUUUACGCUCGCCUGGCGGAGAGGUUUCCGGUCAUCUCGGUUCCACACCUCCCAGAGAAGCAGGCCACAGGACGCUUCGAGGAGGACUUUAUCUCCAAGAGGAGGAAGGGUCUCAUAUGGUGGAUGAACCACAUGACUAGCCACCCUGUCCUGUCCAAGUGUGAUGUCUUCCAGCACUUUCUAACCUGCACAGAUGAGAAAGCCUGGAAGCAGGGGAAGAGGAAGGCUGAGAAGGACGAGCUGGUGGGGGCCAACUUCUUCCUCACCAUCAGCACUCCUCCGGCUCCCCUUGACUUCCAGGAGGUGGAGAGCAAAAUUGAUGGGUUCAAGACGUUUACUAAGAGGAUGGAUGACAGCACCAUGCAGCUCAACGCCACCAUCAACGAGUUUGCUCGCAAGCAGAUGGGUGGAUUUAAGAAGGAGUACCAGAAGGUGGGGAUGUCAUUUAAGGCCCUGAGCCAAGCCUUUGAGAUGGACCAGCAGAUGUAUUCAUUAGGUCUCAACCACGCCAUUUCCUUCACUGGAGAUGCCUAUGAAGCGAUUGGAGAAUAUUUUUAUGAGCAGCCCAGCAAAGAUCUGGACCCAGUUAUGGAUUUGUUAGCUCUUUACCAAGGUCACCUGGCAAACUUCCCAGAUGUCAUCCAUGUCCAAAAAGGAGCCCUGACGAAGGUGAAGGAGAGCCAGAAGCACGUGGAGGAGGGCAAGAUGGACAGGGCGCAGGCAAACGGCAUCAACGACCGCUGCAACAUCAUCUCCUGCGCCACGCUGGCUGAGAUCCAGCACUUCCACCACAUCCGUGUAAGAGACUUCAAGGCCCAGAUGCAGCACUAUCUCCAGCAGCAGAUCACUUUCUACAAGAAAAUCACGGGCAAGCUGGAAGAGGCACUGCAGAAGUACGACAACUUGGAGAUCGCUCCAACAGUUUAAUCUCUUGACAAUGGACGGCUGUGCCGCUCACGUGAUUGGCCAGUGGGAUUUUGGCAAGAAAUGGGCAGGACGCCACAGGGACUGCUGGGAGCUGCUUUCAGAGCAGGAUGGGACGUUCAAGGAGAGGACACAAAACGAAAUCCUGGUUUGCAUUUUUUGUCUGUGACAUGUAUUUUUAGGAAAUUAGUCCCGUUAAAUGCAAACACGGUUGCCCAGAUUUUAUAGGGAUCAUUAUUAAUUAAAGUCCUCCUGCUGAUUAGAUUCAUUAUGGAAUACAUUUAAGCUGCAUGAGGAAGAGCAGAAGCCUAUUUUCACUGUUGCCUACACAUCUGGUGCAAGAGUUCCUACAUCGGGAGUUUUUAGCCUUACAGCACAGUUUUUAAACAAUUGUUGGGCUGGCCGCCUUUCCAGGAGCAGCAAUGCUCCUGUGGCCGACACACUGCCUUCAGGAGACACUCCUGGAAUAUUUAUUCUGAGACAAACAGGGCAGAAUGUUUACAGCCUUCUUACCAAGCAGCCACUGUCACUGCUGUUUUGCUGUGCCUUCUAAAUACAUCUCUCUGGUCAUUUUCAUUACUUAUUCCUAAAAACUCUUAUGUGCUGAUAAUGUAAUAUAUAAAAAUAUAAUCUAUUUGUUUUAACAAGGCUGCCACCUAUAAAUUAAAACCUAUGUUAUCGAAUUGUGCCAUUUCUUUUUCCAAGUUGUUCCAAGAAUAGAUUUUUAAUACAGGAAUACCCUGCUCGCAGCAAGCACUAAUGUCCUGUUCAGCAUGCACAAUUAAUGGGACAACAGUAAACAACAUUUUACACCUUAUGUCUGUAUUUUUGUCAGCAAAACGUCGGUUUGAAGGCUCAGCUUUGGGUUACCAGAAGCAAGCUGCUAGGAGUAGAGGAUUUCUUACCAGUUUUUAUAAUGCAGACCUUUUUACAGCAGCAUUACUGAUGCUUUUAAAUUUUAUGAUGCUGGUUGGUUACAUCAUGAACUUAUGAUUGUAAAAGAGAUGCAAAUUAAAUUUAUCCUCCACAGAAAUAUU